GUGCAGUUUUUUUCGGUUUGGGAUGACAGGAUUGUCGGUUUGACAAGAAACAACAAAAAGCAGACGUCGCCCGAACAAUGUCUUCGAGUGGAAAAGGGAAGAGAGAUAAAUGUCGAAUAGAAGAAGGGACAGUUGAGAGCUUGGCUGAAGUUUUUCGAUGUUUCAUUUGUAUGGAAAAACUGCGGGAUGCCCGCCUGUGUCCUCACUGUUCAAAACUCUGCUGUUUUCCCUGUAUUAGAAGAUGGCUUACAGAGCAGAGGUCACAGUGUCCACAUUGCAGAGCACCCCUCCACUUACACGAGUUGGUGAACUGCCGCUGGGCUGAAGAAGUAACACAGCAGCUUGAUACACUUCAGAAUAUUAUGCCCAGUUCGAAUUCGGACAGCUGUGAUGAUGAAAAGUGUGAUGAACAUGAUGAGAAGCUGGGAGUAUAUUGCUGGACCUGCAAGAAUUGCAUUUGUCAUCAGUGUGCACUGUUCGGGGGCAAGCAUUCAGGCCACACAUUCAAGCCGUUGGACAGUGUGUAUGAUGAGCAUGUGAAAAAAAUAACAGCUGAAAUGGUUCAUCUGAAAAGACGACACAUUGAAAUGAUCAGUGUUUCACAGGAAGUGGAGCGGAACAUUGAAAUGGUUAGAAGUGCCAAGGAUGAGCGAGUGCGAGAAAUACGCAAUGCAGUGGAGAUGAUGAUAGCAAGACUCGAGUCGCAGCUGAAAGGCAAACUUCUCAUGUUGAUGGGCCAGCGUAACCAAAUGACCCAAGAGACGGAGUUGUUGGAGUCUAUCAUCCUGAAGGCCAAUCAAGCGAUGGUUAUGAGCAGCCAGGGCGAUCUGAUCCUCAACAGCAGGAACAUGCUGGAGCUCUUUAAACAAGUCCUACGGCGGCCCAUGUGUUCUUUCGUGUCCGGUCAAGUGCCUGCCGACUUCACAAGUGAAAUCGUGCCCCAGUAUGACAAUAGUGAAUUUGUGAUGAAACACUUCAGUGUGCUUAGACAGCGAGCUGAUCCGGUUUACAGUUCACCUCUCAAUGUGUCUGGCCUCAGUUGGAGACUCAAAGUUUAUCCGGAUGGCAAUGGAGUUGUGAGGGGAAACUAUCUCUCUGUGUUUUUGGAACUCUCGGCUGGUCUUCCAGAAACUUCAAAGUAUGAAUAUAGAGUUGAAAUGGUACAUCAAGCAUCUCAAGAUUCAACCAAAAACAUUGUCCGAGAAUUUGCCUCCGACUUUGAGGUUGGUGAAUGCUGGGGUUAUAAUCGUUUUUUCCGUCUCGAUCUCCUUGCCAAUGAAGGCUACCUGGACACAAAAGGUGACACCCUUGUGCUGCGUUUCCAAGUCCGUCCACCAACUUUCUACCAGAGAAGCAGAGAUCAGCAAUGGUACAUCAGCCAGCUAGAAGCUUCUAAUCGCCAGCAAGUGAAGCAUAUUGAUGAACUUAAACAGAGAUUGGUUUUCGAAAUGUCCAGAAACAGACCAGGCAAGAAAAGUGGACAUGCAGAACACUGUCUGCUGCAAGGUGAUAUGGAUGUGAUAAGCACAAAGAUUGCCGUACAUCGCCCGAAGCCAGCUCAACCAAACAGUGCUGUAGAGAUGGAGAUCAUACGCACCACUGCUGAUGAUGAUGAGUCUAGUAACACAACAGACUCUAAUGAGGAACUUUCUGAAAGUGACAUUGAAGAGCUUGAUGACAUUGAUGAUGAGGCUGAACCAGACGGCAGCCAUGAACCUGUGAUAGAGGGGUUGGAAUGUGAAGCCUGCCAAGAACACGCCACAGAAAAAGGCAAUGAUGAAAACGACAUCGAUGAAGAAACUAUGUCUGUGGACAAUGAUGUAGAAAAUGGACGACAGUGGGAGGAAAAUGACCUUGACAGACUUGGAGCUGUAGGCAGCACAAGUCGUCUCCGGUGGUCCGAGACUGGGGAUACAACUGACUCGAUAUUACUUCAAUUUCUGGAAGACACAAACAGCAAGCUGAACACAUGUUUUGCAACAACACCUGUCCACACACAUUCAGAAACCUCAGACGACGUGGCUGCCUCUCACAGUUGGCUGCACCAAAUUCAAGUUGAGUGGGACUUGGGACUGGAUGACAAGAAGAAGAAGGGCGGUAGUAAAGACAAGUGUUGUUACCUACCCAGCCUGCCCACCGACAUGCUGGAACAGUUCAAGCAGCGCUUCGAAGAGCUGACCGCCUCCACUCACGCCGUGGCUGAAUCGGCCGUCACCAGUGAGACCGAGGCUCGAGCUAUGGUUCAUGGAAAUGGCAGCAAGGGUAAUGAAAAUGUAGUUCCAGUUCAAGAUGGAGCUGCAAAAUCUGACGAAGAAAACAGAACGUCCAAUAAUAAUGAAGAACACAAAGCAGAUCCAGUGUCCUCAACACAAAAUCUUCCAGAGCUGCUUGAACAAUUGCCUUUAGAAGAAAUGUCAAUAGAUGAAAUGCCAUUAAGUAUCUUGUUUACCAAUCCAAGCCGCUCUACGACAAUCGGCAGCAAAUCUACAGGACUUCUAAAAACAGACAGUGUGUUACCGAAAAGUAAUGUUUCUACUGAUUACACAGAGGAAAUCAGUGGUGUCCAGGACAGCAAUAUGACGCUGGAAGAGUAUUCAUUCGAUGAUUUGUCUUUCGCCGAUCUCCCAUCUGUCUGCAGUAACCUAUCCAGUGUGUCUCAGGCGUGCUUAGCCAGGGCUGUCACUACUGAUACCUCGGAAAAGCUUGAUCUACCUGCUUCUGGAGCUGCUGGAGAUUGUGCACUGCACUGGUCCUUCAACUACUUGAAGUCCAAAGUGGACAAACAGGAUCCUCUAGCCAACAUAGAUGACGAUUCUAAACCACAAGAUGCAGAAGAACGGAAACCCGCCUCACAAAAGAACAAGUCGAACGGUGCUGGAGGCCCACUGGUGGAAUUCAGUUCACAGAAUAACAACAGCAAAGACAAACCCAACUCUCCAGAUGAUUCCUCUGUUGUUUGAAGCCUUAUAAUUCGUGUAACCUCGUCAUCCACGACUCGGUAACACAGACAACUCCGUCACACCAGUUGAUUGACAGGGACGAACCAAGUAUUUAUACCGAGUGUGAAAUUGUCUCCUUAGUCAGCCAUGUGAUUCAGCAUUACUCGUUACUUGGUUCUGUUUGAACCCAGAACUUACUUGUCGGUCUUUGGAGGUAGUAUCUACCUGGUCAGAGAUCUUAUUUACUGUACAUAAGAUAGUACGCAUUUAAAUCUUGUUUAUUAACACUGGUAUUUAUUAUUACAAGGCGGAAGGUUGCAGUGAAAUCUGUUUACAAAUCGUUGGUAUCAGGUGUGUGUGUGUAGGGACUUAAAAAAUACUGGAAUCCGGUGCAGGUGUAUGACUUUGCAGGGGAGGAAGGGGUACGACUUUGCAGGGGAGGAAGGGGUACGAGAGGAAGGGGUACGCCUUUGCAGGGAGGAAGGGGUACGACUUUGCAGGGGAGGAAGGGGUACGACUUUGCAGGGGAGCAAGGGGUACGACUUUGCAGGGGAGGAAGGGGUACUUGAAUGUGACGGUCAUCCGUUAAUGUGGGGCGGGAUUUAGCUCAGUCAGUUCAGUGCUCGCCUGAAGUGCUUGUGUCGCAGGAUCAAACCACCUCAGUGGAUUCAUUCAACUGAUUGAGGUUUUUCUCAUUCCAACCAGCGCACCACUA